AGGCGGGCAAGCAGCGGCCAGAGACCAAGCCCUGACAGACACCCAGCGCGGGCCAUGGAGAAAGCACGGCCUCAGUGGGGCAACCCGCUACAGUUUGUGUUCGCCUGCAUCUCCUAUGCUGUGGGCUUAGGCAACGUGUGGCGCUUCCCCUACCUGUGCCAGAUGUACGGCGGAGGGAGUUUCCUGGUCCCCUAUGUCAUCAUGCUCAUUGUAGAGGGGAUGCCACUCUUGUACCUGGAGCUGGCUGUGGGACAACGCAUGCGGCAGGGCAGCAUCGGUGCCUGGAGGACCAUCAGCCCCUACCUCAGUGGUGUCGGUGUUGCUAGUGUGGUGGUCUCCUUCUUCCUUGCCAUGUACUACAAUGUCAUCAAUGCCUGGGGCUUCUGGUAUUUCUUCCACUCCUUCCAGGAUCCCCUGCCGUGGUCUAUUUGCCCACUGAAUGGUAACCGCACAGGCUAUGAUGAGGAGUGUGAAAAGGCUUCAUCAACACAGUACUUCUGGUACAGGAAAACACUCAACAUUUCACCAUCCAUCCAGGAGAACGGAGGAGUGCAGUGGGAGCCAGCACUGUGCCUCACCCUGGCCUGGCUGAUGGUCUAUCUGUGCAUCCUGAGAGGCACCGAAUCAACUGGCAAGGUGGUCUACUUCACCGCAUCAAUGCCUUACUGUGUACUUAUUAUCUACCUGGUCCGUGGCCUUACACUCCAUGGAGCCACCAAUGGCCUGAUGUACAUGUUCACACCCAAGAUGGAACAGCUAGCCAACCCCAAGGCCUGGAUCAAUGCAGCCACGCAGAUCUUCUUCUCACUGGGCUUGGGGUUUGGCAGUCUGAUUGCUUUUGCCAGCUACAAUGAACCCUCCAACAACUGCCAGAAGCAUGCCAUCAUUGUGUCCAUCAUCAACAGUUCCACCUCCAUAUUUGCCAGCAUUGUGACCUUCUCCAUCUAUGGCUUCAAGGCCACCUUCAACUAUGAAAACUGCUUAAACAAGGUGAUUCUGCUGCUGACCAAUUCUUUUGACCUUGAAGAUGGCUUUCUGACAGCCAGUAACCUGGAGGAGAUGAAGGACUACCUGGCAUCUACCUACCCAAGCAAGUACAGUGAAGUGUUCCCGCACAUUAGAAACUGCAGCUUGGAAUCAGAGCUGAACACGGCUGUCCAGGGCACAGGCCUGGCCUUCAUUGUCUAUACUGAGGCCAUUAAAAACAUGGAAGUGUCCCAGCUGUGGUCAGUGCUCUACUUCUUCAUGCUGCUGAUGCUGGGUAUAGGAAGCAUGCUUGGAAACACAGCGGCCAUCCUUACCCCUCUGACUGACAGCAAGGUCAUCUCCAGCUACCUGCCCAAGGAGGCCAUUUCAGGUCUGGUGUGUCUCAUCAGCUGUGCCAUUGGCAUGGUGUUCACCAUGGAGGCUGGGAACUAUUGGUUUGACAUAGUAAACAGUUCUCUUGGACUUGAUAGGGGGGACCUUCCCCUGAUUCUCAGUCUCUUCUCCCAGGGGCAGCUGGUGACCAAGGAUUACCCCCCACAUGCAUUAGCUGUCAUCGGUUUGCUGGUGGCUUCAUCUACCAUGUGCAUCCCCCUGGUGGCCCUGGGGACUUUCAUCAGGAAUCGCCUCAAGAUGGGAGGCUCAGCCCCAGUGGCCUAAGAAUGGACCUCCCAGAGACCGAAAUCAGCCACUCUCUGUUUCACAGUUACUGCCUGCUGGUGGGAACUCCAUGGCUGGAGUGCUGGUUUGGGGGCCUCCUGAGUCUGUAAGGAGGAUUAGGGAGCUUAGAGAAAGAAGACUGCCUUGGGGAGGGACCACAUCCUUUAGGGGGCCCUCCAUGCUUUGCCAUCUAAAAGUCAGACCUUGUAGCCUCCUUGUCAUCAGGAGUUAAGGCCAGUACUGGAGAUCAUUGUUUCCUUGAUUCUAGAAAGUCCUAGAAUUUAAGGUAAACGGUCAUUAGAAACUUGACUGUAACUCUUAGGAGCCAAACAAGCACUUCAGUUUUUUGCUUAAAAGAAAACAAUAUUCUAGAGAGCAAUUGCUUUUCAACCAGUGUCAGAGGUUUUUGUAGCACCAAAGGUGACACAGUAGAAUUCUUUUCUUUAAAGUCACAGUGAAUAUAUAAUUUUUGUGUUCCCUGGCUACUCUCUAAAUACUACCAGGAUUUAGUGGCCACUAAGGGAGAGUUUUGCUGGGACUCCAAAGGAGGUCACCUUUCUCAGAAUCUAAGGUUCCUCACAGUGGGCCAGGACUAACCUCUCUACAACUCUAGACUGUACAAGGAAUCUGAACAGAUACAUCAGUCUCUAGGAUUUCAGUGUCAGAUGUAUCCAUAAAGGUACAAGUAAUUUUAACUUUCCUACAAAUGUCACAACCACCUUCAUUCACCUCUACAUAAUAAUGUUUUCUAAAAUGUAUAUAAAUCACACAGAGUAGUGUGUAGCUGAAAACACUCCAUAUUUAUGGUUGUUAUUCAUCCAUCAUGUGAAUUUGUCUUUUUUCUUUUUUAUCAUAAUAAAAUGGAUCAAGGUUA